CGCGUCGCGAGGUGGAUUAACUUGACCGCAGCGCUAUUCAGCAUCUCAGAAGCUACACAUUUGUCAAUACGAUUGCAGAAGGUUUUGUACAGACUACUGCUACCCGGGGUCUAUUUCCAGCAUUUAUAUUGAGGUCUCCUAGUAUGGUCGCUUCGCCAUAGCAGUCUCAUUCAACAUUUGUGGCUUUUGUCAGACAUAUCCGAUACCUGAUCUAUCUCGAUUCUGCCCAGAUUUCUUCUCAUUCUUCGACUCAACCAACAAAUUCUGUUCCCUUCCGCAAUCCUCGAUAUUCCCAUUAAUCGACCCUCAAAAUGGAUCUCUACCCAGUCGAAUACAUGUGCCACAAUGUGCCAUUGAUGGCUCUCAGCGGUCUGACAACUUCUCGCAUAGCCGAGCGUCUGCUUCUCAAUUCCUCAGACUCUGACACGCCGGCUUCUAUCGAUCCAGAGUUUCCGUACGCUGCAGAGAUCUUCAAAGCGUUCAUGGACGACUCCAUGGGUAAGAUUUGGGAGCCAAGUGCUGUCAAAUCAAAUGCGAAGCCGCAACCAAUGUUCCGUGUAAUAGCUGUUGAUAAAAAUUACCAGCUCCCACUCAAAAAAGCCUCACCGAUGUCUCCAGGCUCGAUCUCGUCCGUUUCGUCUGGCCCAAAGUCGACAGAGCUACACUCUCCAUUGUCUCCUCUCUCGCCAGAAUCGCCUAUAUACCCCGACGGCAUUAUCUCACAAUUUUGGCUUCGGAAAUACCGGAAUGCCCUGCCUGCGGUCUAUGUCGGAUUCUAUGAACUAUACACAGAAAGCGAGGACGUCAAGACGAAAGUCAAUAGUGACGGAGAGCUCAUUAAAGAAUUGAACGAGCUCAAGAAGUACUUUGCGGAACGCAACGUCAAAUUCACUGCCGUCAUCGUGAGCAGGAAGUCUAUUUUGCAAAGCGUGGAUCUGAAUGAUCGGAUAUCAUAUCUCCGGAAAAGUACUGGACUAGAUGCGCGAUCCGGCCUCUGUUUUAUUCCUCCGAGCUCAUACGUGGAGACGCAAGUAUUUGCCAAAGAAUUGAAAGCAGCACUGUAUCCCACCGCACUUGAUUUUUACGGCUCCCUGCUAAAGCACGCGAGGAAGAAACGCGGGCAUAACGCAUCGCCGCCCUCAUCAUUGUCUCCAACGCAAGUCCUCUCUCCAUUAGGCUGGGAAGUCCGAUAUGAAUUCAAGCAGGCCGUCUUUGCGGAAUACAGGCAGGACAUGGAUCUUGCUAUAAAGCUUUAUGGAAUAGCGUACGAGUCGCUUCUCGAAUAUUUCGAAACAUUGCCGACUGAUAGUACCCGCUGGAACGAGGCAAGAGUGAUUUUGGAUACCGUUGCCUUCAAGAUCCUAAAAUGCAAUCUCUACUUGAAUCAGCCGGUUAUGGCACAGAAAGUUUUCAAUGUGCACAUGCAGAGCAUUGAGGGCCUGGUUGAGAAGACAUUUGGUACGACUGAGUCAUACAGUUUUUACUGUUGGAAAGCUCUGCAGUAUCAGGUCCUAGCUCAGUUGCUCGAUUUGGUACCAGAGACAAUAUCUCCGAGAUCGAUCCCGUUCGUCGGAGUCGAGACAGAGAUAGUAGGCCCAGACUUUCCUCCCUCAAACCUGCUGCAUCAUGCUGGCUACCAGUAUCUCAACGCCGCCAAGCUGACUGAGAAGCGGAAAGCAAAGAGCGGGGAGGUAACGACUGGUGCUCAUGAUACGUACAUGAAUCUGCCUCCAGACCGUGAGCUGAACUUUGACCACAACAGUUUGAUUCUGAGUUUCCUCGAAAGCGCCUAUUCCAGAUUCGACAAAAGUGACGGCAUCCAGACGCGGAUGCAGGCUUAUAUCGCGCAUGAGAUUGCGCGUCUGCACUUUUCAGGCAAAAGAUUCGCAGAUGCGCUCAAGUAUUUCCAUCUUGCUGAAGGGCUGUACCGUAAAGAGCGGUGGUACGACAUUCUUGGCUACAUUCUCGGAGACGCCAUAUAUGCUGCCGAGCAAGCUGGGAAUAAGGAGGAGCUGGUACGGGUGCAGUUUGAGUUUAUGAGUCGAGAUCUACAGCCGUGGAACGAUAGUGCUGUGGGGAUUUCGCGGUUCAUUUCUGAAUCGGACCAAACGCUUGAUGGAAGCAUUUUGGACUAUGUUGUUAGCUCAGAGAAUGUCGUUUGCUUCCUUGAUGCCAAUUUUGCAUUCAUGGCCCCCGAAAUUCAUGUCUCGUCCACUAUCGGUGGACAACUGACCAUCCACUCGAAACAGAUUGCUUCGGUCGGGAACGUGGUCCCGACUGAGAUACAAAUCAACUUCAGCGGCUCAAUCAAGCCAGUUGUCAUCAGGCACGAUCCCUCCGCACAGUCUUCUAGAGUGCAAAAACUCGAUCUGCAAGACGACGGCGAAGUACAGUCGGCGUCGGCGUCGCUGGAAUUCGGACCGGAUGAGAUGAAAACUUUUGAGAUUUCGCAGUCGUUCAAGAAAGUCGAGUCCGUGUCUGGAUCCUCAGUUUUGACUACGUUUGCUGAAAAAACGUUUGUUUUGAAAGUGGCGAUCGAUCUCGAGACUUCGGAACCAGAUGAUACUCUGGCGCGGUGGUUUGUGGUUGAAGAUGGAAAGCUCGUAUCCCAAAGAUUGACAGCUUUGAAUCCGCGAACGUUGACUGUCAAACCCAAGCCUCCCCGACUAGAUAUAACCUCAAAUGUGAAGGGACCAGCUUACAUCGACGAAAAGAUCUUGCUUCCACUGACAGUCAAAGCCAAAGAAGCCGAGGACAUCAAAAUGACAAUGUCCGCAAAAGUCACAAACGUGGAAGGCCAGAUGGAAGUGAAAGGAACCUGGUCGGGAACCGAGGACAGCACUAUAGACCUAGGUGUCACCAGCCCGGAUUCGGAGCCAAUCGUGAAAGACUUUGCGCUCCGAAUGCCGGCCGAAAGCUGUGAUUUGGUGAUGGUGGUCACGGUGAAGUACCAGCUUCUAUCGGAUCCAAAUAUUGACAUAAUCAAGACUCAUGUGGUUGACAUUCCAGUGAUCUUCCCGUUCCAGGUUUCGUAUGAUCUCACGCCGCAGAUAUACCCGAACAAAUGGCCCAGUCCGUUUUUCAUCUACGAUCUGCAAUCGCACAAUCCUCCAAUCACAAAACGAUGGCGUCUGGCGGCGACGAUCGAUGCGGUCGAUAUGCACAAUCUCGAGAUUGAGGAUUACGAGUUCAAGAUAUCGAAUACGACGGGCGUUGAUGUGAAACUGCUUGACGGGCCGAAGGAGUUGUCGCGCGGUCCGGCGGCUUCGGAUGCCUAUACGCACGCAUUUGUGCUCGACGUUACGAAUAACGAUGCCGUUGAGCGACGAGUGGCGAAUGCAGACGCCCGCCUGUCUUUGAAGUGGAGACGAAAAGCUGCCGUCAAAGACGAGACUACAGACGGUUUCAACAUUUUCAACCUACCAGUCUUGAAACUGACAUUCCCUCUCCUGGAACCACGAGUUCUUCUCGACCUCGAGUCCACUUCAUCCGAGCUAGUACAUCUGGUUUACUACAUUGAAAACGCGACAAGCCAUAUCCUAACCUUCUCAGUCACGCUCGACCUAAACACCGACAUGUCGCUCUCCUACCCGCUCCGCCACCAACUCCGCCAGCAGUCCUUCUCCAAAAACCCCGCGGGCGCAACCCGCAUCGGCAACAGACCCUCCCACGACGAUGAAUCCGAAGGCCGGCUGAGCACGUCGCGCGAGAAAGCCGCGCCGCUGCAGCAACACUCGAACUUCAACUACGAAGGCGCAAAGCAAGUCGGCGUCCGCGUCCUUCCUUCCUCAUCCCGUCGCCUGGACUAUGACCUGUUGCCGCUAGCGGUCACAUCCGGCUGGCAAAAAGUGCCGGCGUUGAGGGUGUAUGAUACGCAUUUCAAGAAAACGCUGAGCGUGUUUCCCGCGAGCGAUAAGUUCCGUAUCGAUUUCAAGACUGGUGCGGUUUAUGUCAAUAUCUCGUCGUCGCCCACGGAUGAGCUGGCGGAAAAACCGGCGGCGGGUUCAGGAGAUUUGUAGUGAUAUACAUGCAUGGUCAUGAGCUUUUUCUUUUAUAUUCCUUGGAUUGCAUUUGAAUUAUAUUGUACUGUUUUAUUAUACGAUUCUCGGGCAAUCUAAUAGUGCAGCUGGGA